CAGAAACAAAAAAUGAAACUUCUCGCCGUGUUUUUGGUCGUCUGUUCUGUCCUUAGACCGGGUUUUUCAUUUGAUGUUACGGGAAAAGAUCUUCCCUUGUCCCUAGAUUACUACAAGUCUACUUGCCCUACUGUGUUUGAGGUCAUCAAGAAAGAAAUGGAAUGCGCUGUGAAGGAGGAUCCUAGAAAUGCGGCUAUCAUUCUCAGAUUACACUUUCAUGAUUGCUUCGUCCAGGGAUGUGAUGGAUCGGUGUUGCUAGACGAUACAGUCACACUUGAAGGGGAGAAGACAGCUUCAGCCAACAUAAAAUCGGUGGGAGGGUUCAAGAUCAUAGACAGAAUCAAGAACAUGCUCGAAUCUGAGUGUCCCGGGCUCGUUUCCUGUGCCGAUCUUCUCACAAUUGCUGCUAGAGAUGCCGUCAUCCUGGUAGGAGGGCCUUACUGGGAUGUUCCAGUUGGAAGAAAAGAUUCAAAAACAGCAAGCUACGAGCUAGCGACCUCAAACCUUCCAACUGCAGAAGAGGGUCUCCUCGGCAUCAUCUCCAAGUUCCAUGCUCAGGGUCUCUCCGUCACUGACAUGGUCGCUCUAGCUGGUAAGAUUAAGUGCUUAAACCACAGAUACAGUGAAUUACCAUAAUUAUAUAUAUUAAAAAAGUCUCAGUACAAGAAUCCAACUAAAGAACAGUCAUUUUUGAGUCACGUAUAUAAGCAAAAAUGUGAUCUUUUGGGUUCACAUUAGUCAAGAUUCAAGCUAUACCAAAUCCCUAACCGUUCAAGAACCGGUUUGGUGUCGAACCGGUUCUUGGUUUUUAUAUUUGAUCCUAAUCAUACCA